AUGGAGCUUGCCUGCAGCGCAAUAGCGUGGCUCCAUUCCACCUCGAACAAUCGUAACGUUCAACGACUGAUCGCGGAGACGGUUGCUCGGUUGGGUCCACCACCACCUCAGAAUCGUGAUAGCUGGGAGAGUUGGGUCCGAAAACAUUACAAUUCGCUUCGAUUACUCUUCACUCCCGCACUUCUGAACACAGUGUGGACUUGUGUUACUCCUUCACGAACGAGUGUGGAUCCUAUUUGCGAUUACCCCACUUGUUCGGGUAUCCUUGAUACCCUCAAAAACAUUCACUCUGUUGAUUCUACACUGGUGGGAUAUCAGGAUGGGUUGCGGUAUGCAUUACAAAAAGCAGAGGAAGCAGGCUCCGGUCGCUAUAUGGAGUAUCUAACCCGUGAACGACGGAUAAAUGUUGAUGAAUUGGGUAUUGGGGUGGGCUUAGAUAUGACAUGGACGAGGCAGAAUGAGACAAGCCAGACAGAUAUCUCGGAGACGCUGAGUACUAAGUAG